CAACGCGCGCAAUCUAUACAGCUUUCGCUCGCGCUCACUGCGCCACGAUCAUUGUUCAACGCAUCGCGUCGAUUGACUUCAGUACGUUUGCUCUUGUGUCGGAUGUGAAAUCAUAGCGCUCGGCAACUAUUUAUUAAAUUUUAUUUUUGUUUUCGUGCCGUAAAUUUUACCUAAUAUAUUCAAAUACUGUGAAAGUAAAAAAACACAUUUUAUUUUGAGUUAACACAACGAUCGCAAAAUGAUGACCGAAUCCACCUCACCGCCAACAACACCUGCAAUAGAAGAUAGUAAAAACACAGCAGGUGCUGGGGAUAAGAAUGCAUUAAAGCAGCUGUCGGAAAAGGAACUUAAGGAGCAACAAAUUUAUAAUAAUUUCGCCACGCCACUGAUUGGCACUUAUCUAAAUCUGCCGCAAGAUCCGGUGAGGCUGAAAUGUCCUGCUUGUGGAAUUGUUGAAAUGACACAAGUUGAAAACGAUUUGAAGUGGUGGGCGACGGAGAUCAAUCGCUUUGUGGGUUGUUUAUGGGUCACAUUUUGUUGUUGUUGCUGCAUGGACUACUACAUACCUUGUAAACAAACCGAUCGAAAUCAUUAUUGUAAGAAUUGUGGCUGCUACUUUGGACGCGCAAUGAAGCAUUCAGCCAUCAAACCGAAAACGAUCGAAAAAUCAUGAGAUGGUUGCACCACUACACAUGUAUUCCUUUACAGCCAAGAAGGCCAAUGACGAAAAAAUCAUAAAUUUUUGCCACUUUUUCUUUCUCAAGAAAACUCUCGAUAAUAAGAACAUAAAAUAAAUAUAAAUAAAAAAAUUAUAUUUUGGUAUAAAAUGUAUUGCAAAUAUUUACGUGAAUAAAUGUAACACGUAAAUGUACUAUAUUUGUGUACGUACAUACAGGCAUACAUAUGUAGAUAUAUAUGUAUGUACAUAUAUAGUAUAUAUAUUUCUGAAAAAAAUAAUAUAAACUUUUUGUACUAAGCUUUUAAAAAUACACAUUUAAAUACUCCGAUAAGUCUACAUGCACGAUUAAUAUGUAUAUUGUAAAAGUGUUUUGGAAAGAAAAUUGCGUUUUAUUAAUUCUCUUGUCUUGGAUUGGCAAGAUGGUCAAUAAUUUAAUGAAAUAAAUAUAUACAAAAAAAAAACGUUUAGCCAUCGAUCGUUCUUCGUACGAAUUUGUGGUUUUUUUAUUAUUUUUUAGUUUAUUGUAUUGAGCAGAGUAAAUAAAUACACUUUAAAAACUUUUUGUUUGAAUUCA